GGCACCUUGGUGGUUGUUACCCUCACUUCUGUUUUGAAAGAUCCCAAAUUCUUUAAGAAUCCUACUAACUUUGAUCCUGCACACUUUCUUGAUGAGAAUGGGGUGUUUAAGAAAAAUGAUGCCUUUAUGCCAUUUUCUGCAGGCAAGCGUGUAUGUGCAGGAGAAGGUCUGGCCCGUAUGGAGCUUUUCUUGUUUUUCACUACUGUACUCCAGAGGUUUACUUUGAAACCAACUGUGGAUAAGAAGGAAGUAGAGAUCACCCCAGAACCCAAAACCAAUGCUUCAAGAGCUCGGCAUUAUACAAUGUUUGCAGUUCCUCGGUAA